UAUUAUUAUUAUUAUUAUUAUAAAUGCAGUUCCAAAAUAGUGACUUAUUCCUAAAACAACUUUACUUUUUUACUGUUGUCGUUGUUUUUCUAGGUCCAAGGCAUGUCAUCGCCGCUAUUUCUAAGUGAAAUCCCCCAAAAACCUCCCAAAAAGACUAACCUCACACACUUCUUCAUUCCACAAGAGGACAUUUUGCUUGGGCAGUCAUUUUAGGUGCAAGACCACACUGCCUAAACUAUGAAACUGUGGGGCUGACAUCUCAAAAUCAACUAUGCUCCUCCGCCUUGGGUCUUUAAUCACACCAUACAGUUUUCAAUUUCAUACAUCAAUCAUCUGUGGUGUUAAGUGCUCCACCUGCGUCCACAAAGUGUGCCAAAAACGAGCUUCGACUCGAUAAAACCUCUUACGCUGUGGAAGGAAUGUGGGUGUAUUGUUAUGGUUCCAGCCUGAUGACCACAGUUCAGUGAGAAGUUGCUGUUUCCCCAUGAAACUGGUUCAAUGUUGUCAAUGUUUUAUUAGUGCUGUUCUGCUCAUAGCUUGUAUUUGACGAAAGACAGCACAGAGGGUAGUAUAAUAGUAUAAUAUUUCUCUAGAGUGAGAGGUGUAGAGUGUGUGAUGGUGUGAUAUAUUACGUCAUCGAUCUUGUGGUUAAGGGAAGCCAUAUAAGAGUCUGGUUGUUGCAGUUACCAGUUGAGCAACCCAGACAAAGAAACAAACUCUGACUGAGAGGUUUCAUCACUGAGUGGAUAACAUGGAGGAGGCAUUUACAACUAUUAUGACUACAGAAAUUAGUUAUAUUGGAACUAUAAUCUGGUUUUAUGUUUCUGAUUGCAGGACCCUGGUGACUACUCAGAUGACUACGAUACAGGGCCAACUGAAAACACAGGCAUGUGCGACAAAAGCUGGGUCAGGGACUUUCGUGGACAGUACGAACCACCUCUCUUCUGGAUGAUCUUUAUCCUUGGCGCCGUGGGUAACCUGAUGGUGGUUUGGAUCUACAGCACUGUUCGCCACCGCCUGAAAACAAUGACCGACGUGUAUCUGCUAAAUCUCGCUGUGGCUGACCUCCUCUUCUUGUGCAUGCUGCCCUUCUGGGCUGUCGAUGCCAUCAAGGGCUGGGACUUUGGCAUCAGUCUCUGCAAAAUGGUGUCCGCUAUCUAUAAAAUCAACUUCUUCAGCAGCAUGUUCUUGCUCACCUGCAUUAGCGUGGACCGCUACAUUGCUAUUGUGCAAGUCACCAGGGCCCAAAACCUGAAGAGAAAGAGGCUGUUCUACAGCAAACUUGUCUGCCUGUGUGUCUGGCUUGUUUCUACUCUCCUGGCCCUCCCUGAGUUUAUCUUUGCCCAGGUGAAGAGCGACCAAAAAGGGCAGUCCUUCUGUACUCUGGUCUACUGGAACAAUGAAUACAACCGGACUAAGAUCCUGGUGCUAUGCCUGCAGAUUUGCAUGGGCUUCUGCGUUCCUCUACUGAUUAUGUUCUUUUGUUAUUCUGUCAUCAUUCGCACACUUCUGCAGGCCAGGAACUUUGAAAAGCACAAGGCUCUACGUGUCAUCUUUGUUGUGGUCUUUGUGUUUGUUCUCUCUCAGCUGCCUUACAACAGUCUGUUGAUAGUGGAGGCCGCGCAGGCAGCAAAUACUACUAUGACUGAAUGUGCAACUGUAAUUGGUUUUGAUGUAGCUGGACAGGUUGCCAAGAGCCUGGCAUACACUCAUGCCUGCCUGAAUCCAUUCCUGUAUGUUUUCAUUGGAGUUCGGUUCAGACAAGACCUCCUGAGGAUUGUGAAGUUGUGUGUUGGUGGUAUGAGCAAAGGAGGGCUCAGUAAAAUACAGGCAAUUCCCAAACGUCCCUCUAUCAUGUCAGACACUGAUACUACCCCUGCCCUUUCAAUAUAAAUGCCCAUUUUCCUAAAAAUCUGCAACCUGAGACCUGAGCCUAGUUUAAUGUGAUCAUAUUUUUAAUUUUGUUCCUCAUGCAUUACUUGCUACUAGCAGAGCAACAUUAACGUUUUUAACUUGUUUGCAAAAAAAGUCUUUACAGUUUUAUAUUCAUUUCAUUCAUAUACUGACAGGCAUGUUUUUUUCUGGAAUCACUGUAUAAACUGUAUAUUUGUGUAAAUACUGUUUUUUGAGUGUUUGUGUUUUUACAUUUGAUCCAUUGUGUAUUUCUCGUGUGCUGCUGUAACUGAAUAAAAAAACAAUGGUUUAACAACAAUUAAAAAAUGAGAGAAAUCUAAAA